AUGUGCAGCUUACUUGCCCACCCGUCGCCUCUCCAGGCCUGGCUCAUUUGGACGUCGAGCCGUCCCAGUCGAUCAGGCCAUUCUGCAGGCCGCGAGGCUUCUCCGUCAGACCGUGCAGACCAGGUGUAUUAUCGAUCGGUCCGUGUGGCUGCUUGGGCUGCCGCCGCCUGCUCUUCACUUCUCGUCUCUCCGGCCUGCCCGACUCGUGACUGCUACGUUUGA